CCAAACCAACUCACUGUAGCGGAGAGGGGUCGCGUCCUCACUCCUCACCUGCUACUAGCGAGAGCCUUUCCAUUUCUCACUUCCGCGGUUCCACUUUUUUCACUUCAAUGAUUCAAUCUUCGACUCCCAAGAAACCGCUACCCCUUCCUUUUCUGCUCUUCAUUUUCUCGCUAUAAAAAUGCUUCAGUGUCAACCAGCCCCAGAAAAAAGCGGGAAAAGUGGCAACAAAGGGAGACGAGAUCUGGUCGUUUCCAAAAGUCCCCCACCAAAGGGAAAAAAGGGCCAGCAAGACUUAUCAUUGUCCAAGAAAAAGAAAUGGACAGCGAGAAGAUAGAAAACCUUCACCAUUUUCAGGAUAUAUGCAGAAGCAAGAAGAAGAUAAGCAACUUGAUCUGGAAUCUGAGGAGCCCGAGGCCCCUUUGCCCCUCACUGUCACUUCUCGGGUCUUGUAUAUGCUGGGGGACAUCACAGCGGGGCCAGCAUACCGGUUUGCGCAAUGGCUUGAGCUUGUUCGCAAGCGGAGCGGGAAGUACCGGUCCUCAGGGUUCCCACACAGACAGCACAGAGCAGCUAUUAUGCCCUUGAGCUCGGAAGAGUCAAAGUCUGGUGUUAGAAGUUCUCCUCCUGAGCAAGCUACCGAAGUAAGUUUGUGGGAAAGACUUGGCAAGGCUGCCAUGUUGGAUAUUGAAUCAAGCUCUUUUUCGUGGAACAUGCUUUCUUCACUUCAUCACACUGAACAUAGUAGUGGUACUGCUGAACAAUCGGAGGAUGAAAUGAAUAAAGCAGUAGAGGUCACUGUAAAUUCUGGGGGAGUAGUCUUUUUUGCACUGUUCAACCAACCUGAAAAUGAUGAAUCUUCUUUCAAAGAGGCUGCAGCUGUUAUAAAGAUAGCAUCUUCUAGGAUGGCCACUCAAUCGGAACGCCUUGGCUAUGAAUUUGCAAAGUGGCUAGGUGUUCGAAUUCCACAAGCCAGAGUUAUUCACCAUUGUAGUUCUGAGUGGCUACAGAUCAAGGAAGCUGCAGAAAAAGCAAAAGAUGCUGCAAUUUCCGAAGGAGAUGAAGCUGGUGAAAUUAUGUGUUCAGAGCUACUAGAAGCUCUUGAACUCAGUCGAUGCCUUUUGCUAAUGAAUUACAUACAUGGUUCUCCUCUGUUAGAAAGCUCUAAUGCUUUUGAGUCACGAGAGGCUGCAGAAAAAAUAGCAGCAGCCCUUGGCAGGGUUUUGAUGUUGGACCUUGUCAUAAGAAAUGAAGACCGACUUCCUUGUCGUAGUCUUCGGUGGCGUGGAAAUUCUGCAAACUUAUUGUUGGCUGAUAAAAUAGCUACUGCAAACAUGGAUGCGCUGGAGGUCGCAUUUGAUUCUGCAAUUAAUAGAUAUCGUCCAAAAGUCAUCCGAGCACUUCAGAAAGAAAGAAGGGCAACUUCAGUGGAUAGUAGGUUGACUCCUCCUAGUUCAGUACUGGUGUCGCAGAGUUCUGAUAUUUCUGAUAUCACUGAAUCUCCAAUAUCUAGCAAUGUCAGUAUCAAAAUUCAAACAUCAACUGAAAUAACUGGUCCCCAUUUUCAUAUUGUGGCCAUAGACUCUGGGGUUCCUCGUAGGCCCCCUGCUGGAAAACGUGCAAAUGAUCAAGAAAAUUAUCCUAAGUUGGUUGAGCUCCUCAUCAACAGUCCUGAAUAUGCCUCAAAUCUCUUAUAUGAAUUAAGUGCUGGGAGGAUUGGUUGUCCGCAGGAAGAUUCUGAUGCAAUGACUGGUUCAAGUUUGACUGACACGACUUCAGUUAUUCAUGCAUUCAGGAGUGGGUUCCGUGCAGCUUUGAGAGACUUGCAAGGAUUUCAUAUUUUCCUACUCACCCUUCACCAAAAACUAGAUACUCUGUUGCGAACAUUCAUUAAUAUCACAAAUAAAGCUUCUGGGGAUUUGGACCAAGAAGAUUUUAUGGUUCCUCAAUCACCAUCACAGGCUGGUGGAGUUGGCUUUCAUUUGCGUUCUCCAUCAAGCAAGGAACGAAGUGUAAGUGAGAGCAAUUCUGAUCUAAAUGAGUAUGAAUCACACAGCACAGCUUCUAAAUCUUCAGGAUGUAGAGAUAGCCCAGAUUCUGCCUCUCCACACUCACGUGAUGGUUGGCAUGGAAAGUCCAGCAAAGGGGGUGGGGAACCCAUACACAGCCUGCGUUUGACGUCAAAGCUCCGUGACUUUCACAAAUUUGCUAAGGUCGAUGUGGAAUUAAACAAGGAAUUAGAACAGUGGAAUGAAAUGCUAAGAAAUGACACCAUAAAAUUGUGCCAGGAGAACAAUUUUAAUACAGGAUUCUUUGAGGGUAGUGAUACUAACUGUGUUGUUGAUGCGUAUGAGCUGAAGGUCAGGCUUGAACACAUUCUUGAGAGGAUAUCAUUGAUAUCAGAUGCUGCAAACACAGAAAAACCAUCUCCAAUUUCAGGCAGCCUGUACAUAGGUGGGGCCCUUGCUGCAAGAUCGUUGUACACUCUGCAGCAUUUAGGAAUUACACACAUCUUGUGCUUGUGUGCUAAUGAAAUUGGACAGUCAGAUUCUCAGUUCCCUGAGUUAUUUGAGUACAAGAAUUUUUCUGUCUGCGACAAUGAAGAUACACUGAUCAGUGAUAUCUUCAAAGAAGCACAUGAUUUUAUUGAUCAUGUUGAACAAACGGGUGGAAAGGUUUUGGUUCAUUGCUUUGAAGGCAAAAGCAGGAGUGCUACUCUAGUUCUUGCUUACCUUAUGCUCAGGAAAAACUACACUUUACUGGAAGCUUGGAAUGCCUUGAAACGAGUGCACCGUCGAGCCCAACCUAAUGAUGGAUUUGCAAAGGUUCUUCUGGACCUAGAUUUGAAACUGCAUGGUAAAGUUUCAAUGGAAUGGCAACAACGAAAACCAACAAUGAAGGUUUGCCCCAUAUGCGGCAAGAACGCUGGCUUGAGCAGUAGCUCACUGAAGCUUCAUUUGCAGAAGUCACACAAGAAACUUUCAUCUGGGAGUGUAGACAGUGCCAUGACAAUGGAAAUACUGAAAGCACUGGAUGCACUGAAGAUUAGUCGAGGUGGAAGCGUCAGCCCCACAGAAAGGCAAUCGCGGUCUAUGAUAGAUGAGUUGGAGCACUGACAUUGUAUGAUUGGGCUUGAGGGAUUAUUGACUAUAGAGGUAGGGUGGAUUGCAAGUAUUAGAUCAGCUUAGAUGACGUUUUCAAAGGAGGAAGGGAAAGGUCUUUUUUUUUUUGGGUUUAGGUGGACGGAAACGGAAACAUAUGCUUCUGUAUGUAGAUCAUUUUUAGUGUAUGUUUCACGGGCAAAACUGCCUAAUCGCCAGUAAUGGUGUUCUGAAGUACUCCAAUCGAAGAAGUUACCCUGUAAAAUUCAGUAAGAAGUGAUAUUAGUCCUCAGGCUUCGUCUAUGUUACUGAGUUUCUUGGUCAAAUGAUCAACAAAUUUUUUCAA